UGUAGAAUUUGCAUGUUUUAUUCAAAGCUGCAGGGCGUGAAAAGAGAUGUAAUAAACUACAGGAUCAACCCUCAUGAGCACAGGUGAUUCUGAUUAAGUUUAGCAUGUAUUUCUGCUCCUGUUCUGACUGGACGUGCAGCAGUGUUUGGAUCAGUCCAUGCUGCUGCUGCAGAGACUCCCGAAGGCGGACUCUAGCCUGCUUUGCAUACUCAGGACUCCACAGGCAGCAAGCAGCCUGCUCACACAUCGUUUCACCUGAGGAAGCACCAUGUCUUCCUCUCCCACCUCCUCCUCCUCCAUCCCCAUUCUGAAGCCCAAGAGGAAGACUAAGAAGAAGCACUUUGUGCAGCAGAAGGUGGAGGUUUUCCGAGCCAGUGACCCGGUCCAGAGCGUCCUCAUGUGGGGAGUCAACCACUCGAUUAACGACCUGAGCCAGGUGCCUGUACCUGUCAUGCUGCUUCCAGACGACUUCAAAGCCAGCACCAAGAUCAAAGUCAUCAACCACUUCUUCAACAAGGAGAACCUUCCCGGACAAUUCAAAUUCAAAGAGUACUGUCCACAGGUGUUUAGAAACCUACGAGAGCGCUUUGGCAUCGAGGAUCAAGACUACCAGGUUUCUCUGGCCCGCAGCGCUCUGCUCAAAGAGGAUGAGGGGAAAUUUGUGGGACCGCUGCUGACGUCAUAUGACCACACUUUGGUGGUAAAAGAAAUUUCCAGUGAAGAGGUGGAGGAAAUGCACACCAUCCUCUCGGAGUAUCAUCAGCAUAUUGUCACCUGUCAUGGCAGCACGCUGCUUCCUCAGUUCUUGGCCAUGUACAGGGUGACGGUGGAGAGCGAGGACACCUACCUGUUAGUGAUGAGGAACAUGUUCAGCCACAGACUUCCUGUACACAGGAAAUACAACCUGAAGGGCUCCCUGCUGUCUCGUGAAGCAAAUUUCAAAGAAAAGGUCAAAGAGUUGCACACCCAUAAAGAUGCAGAGCUCAUGAACAACAUGCAGAAGGUUUACCUGAGUGAUGACGAGAAGGGGAAGAUGAUGGAGAAGCUGAGUGGAGAUCUGGAGUUCCUCAUACAGAUGAGGAUCAUGGACUACAGCCUGCUGCUGGGGAUCCACGACAUUGAGCGAGCUGAGAGGGAGGAGGAGGAAGAAGCAGAUUUGUCCAACGAGGAGGAAGAGGAGGAUGAAACUGACCCGGCAGCUCCUUGGAGCUCCACCUCACCAGAGGGCAUCACAGGCUACAUGAAGUCCUUCAAACCGAUGGGACCUGGGGAGUUUGACCCUUAUGUGGACAUGUACGCUGUCCACAGCUCUGUGGGUGCCCCGCGGAGGGAGGUGUACUUCAUGGGCCUGACUGACGUGCUGACGCAGUACGACACCAAGAGGAGAGCUGCUCACGCUGCCAGGGCUGUCAAACAUGGGGCUGGAGCUGAAAUCUCAACGCUUCAUCCUGAGCAGUACGCCAAAUGUUUCAGUGAGGUCAUCAAUAAGAUCUUUGCCUAGUUGACAUUUUUCCAAGUGAAAAAUGUAUGAACGGUUAAUGUCACCACAGUUCAGGCAUGUUUUUACACCAACAUAAAUCAUUACACAGUCUUUGUGUUUGUUUGGAUCCUAAAUUAAACUGACCUAUUUCAUUGUUUUGUAUUGAACUCUGAUUUUUCUGCAGCAUUAAUUUGUUAUAGUAGAACAUCUGGCUGAAAAAAUCCCACUAGAUCUGCCAGAAUGGACGUGACAUGUGAAAUAAAUGUCCAUGUAAAGGUUACAUGUGCAUAAACUGGACAUCUUUGCGACUGCAUUUGUUUUAAGUCUCUUUGUGAUUGGUGCCAUUAGGACAAUCUGUUUAAUUAACUAUUCUGUUCCCCCAAACGGAGGCUGUCUAAAACAGUUAAGGCCCAACAAUCAGGACAAUUUUGACCUGAUCCUUUCCUUCCAACAAUCUUAAGGAGAAGCCCAGUUACCAUAAGAUGAUCUUAACAGAGAUUCCUGCCGUGUGUGGUGUGUUGCACACAGCUGGGAAGCACGUCACGACUGCUACAAUCAUAAAUCUGGGAUGUUUGACAUGUUGAAUUAUCUUAGUCUGAUUUUCAGAGACAAGCACAUGUGCUGCCUGUAGAAUGUGAAAUGUAGCCAAUCAGAAAGCGAGGUGGCAGAACUCUGAAAUCACGUUUGAUCUCAGGAGGUUUUGCAAAAUGUCCCAUCUGACCGGGGAAUGUUUGUGUGUAAAAUCCAUUCAUGUGUGGUGUGUUGUCUUUAUCAUGUGACCAAACACCACACUGUGGAACAAAAACUGUUACAUGUGAGAUUUGUAUGGUCUGUAAUGUUAGAAAACCUUCCAACAAUUUAAAAAUCUUGCAGCGUGAACCCGGCCUUUGUUUUGCUGUAUUUCAAACUAAUUAUGUCAUCAUCUUGUUUCUAUUUGGAGAAGAAAGUUGGCAUGAAGAUCAAAAAGAACUCUUUUCAGUUGAAUUUCUGAUUUCUUUUGGUUUAUGAUUAACCCAAUAAAUCAGAAGAAGAGAAGUCAAAUUCCUAA